UGUUCAGCCACAGUUAUUGAGUUGCAGUAAAGAGAGAAAGCAGAAUUUGUCUGUUGCUGCUGCUGAACAGUUGACUCAGGCGGGCGUGUUUGUGUUUGUGAGCACGAGUCUUUAGUUUGCAAUCCUUUCUGAAGACCCAGCUGCCUUGAUCUGACAGAACAACAUGUGGAAUGAACGUCCACACAAGGAGCAGGUGUGCCCUGCUCCAGGGUCUGACUGCUAAGCAUGCUUGGCAAGGAUCAGCCAACUACCAGUAAACUUGACCUGGUGAAUUCUGAAGUUUCUGACACCUCAGCAGCUUCGGACACAUAUGACGGUAUCAAUAUGGCCGACCUUGUGGAAAGCCUGGAUGCCAGAGAGUUGGACCUCGAGGAGGGAGAGGAGAUCGACUAUGAUGGGAACUACUUGGGGGACUGCCGCAUACCGUUUUCAGCCGUGUAUGGAACAGUGGGCUUUAGAGAGGCCAAUGCACGGGUCUACCUACCCACUGUGCCUAUUACUGCCAAGAUCCUAGAGGUGGAACGGUUCACCACUGCACAGGACCGCUUCAACUUAUCACAACACCGGAGUGUCAACAAGUCUCUGCCAGCCGUGUUUAAGAUCGAGAUGAAACAUGGAGAAUUUACCUGGCUGGUUAAGAGGAAGGAGAAGCAUUUCCUGGAGCUGCACAGAGAGAUGAGGACAUACAAAACUCUGAUGAGGAUACCACUUCCAUCACGCAGCCACACUGUGAGGAGGAAGACUAUGAGGAAGAGCGAGGUGAGGGAGAUGCCCUCCUUACCCAGGGGAGGAGGAGACGAGCUGGUCCGAGAUGAGCAAGUGUCCAGCAGGAGAAGACAGUUGGAGGACUAUUUAAACACACUUCUAAAGAUGGCCAUGUAUCGGAAAUAUCACCAUACUAUGGAGUUCAUUGAUGUAAGCCAGCUGUCUUUCAUUCAUGACUUGGGGCCCAAAGGACUGGAAGGAAUGAUCUACAAGCGCUCUGGUGGACAUCGUAUUCCAGGAAUGAACUGCUGUGGUCAGGGUCAGGCCUGCUAUCGCUGGUCAAAACGCUGGCUGGUGGUCAAGGACUCAUUCUUGCUUUACAUGAAGCCAGACUCGGGGGCCAUCUCCUUCGUCGUGCUGGUGGACAAAGAGUUUAGCAUCAAGAUGGACUCCAAAGACACGGAGACCCAACAUGGAGUCCGCAUUGACAGCCUUUCCAGGACGCUCGUGUUUAAGUGCACCAGCUACAGACAUGCACGGUGGUGGGGGCAGAGCAUUGAGAGCUUUGUGAGGAGUCAUGGGAAGGCUUUCCUCCGAGAACAUCGCUUUGGAUCUUUUGCACAAGAACAGGAAAACGUCCCUGCCAAAUGGUAUGUGAAUGGAAAGACGUACAUGGAGGAUGUGGCCGAUGCUUUGGAAGAGGCUAAGGAAGAGAUCUUUAUCACAGACUGGUGGCUGAGUCCAGAGAUUUUCCUUAAGAGACCUGUUGUAGAGGGCAACAGAUGGAGACUGGACUGUAUCCUAAAACGCAAAGCACAAAUGGGAGUAAGGAUCUUCGUGAUGCUUUACAAGGAGGUGGAACUCGCCCUGGGAAUCAACUCAGGCUACAGCAAAAGAACACUCAUGCACUUGCACCCCAACAUAAAGGUUAUGCGUCAUCCAGACCACGUCUCUUCCUCUGUGUACCUGUGGGCCCAUCAUGAGAAGAUUGUGGUUAUCGACCAAUCAGUGGCCUUUGUGGGCGGCAUCGACCUGGCAUACGGUCGGUGGGAUGACACCGAGCAUCGACUGACAGAUGUGGGCAGUGUGACACGCUCUGUGGCUCUUGAGCAGGUUGGCUCAACCAGCUCUUACGAUGAUAAAGGUGUGUCUACUGGUGAUGGCGUCUCGCAGAGCAAUGGGCGAGGGACGCCACCUGCUGAUUCCAUGGAGUUACCCAAGCUGAAGGGCGUCGGCCGCAGCAGGAUGGUUCGCUUCAGUCUCUACCGACACCUGCAAAAACACACUAUGCAGCACGUGGACAGCGUCAGCAGUGUGGAUAGCACAGAUAGUGGUUCUGUGAAAAGCCUGAAAACAGGUGUUGGCGAGUUACAGGGAAACACCCGCUUUUGGCAUGGGAAAGACUACUGCAACUUUGUUUACAAGGACUGGAUCCAGCUGGAGAAACCUUUUGACGACUUUAUUGACCGGUACACCACUCCCAGAAUGCCUUGGCACGAUAUCGCCUCAGUGGUCCAUGGGAGAGGCGCCCGGGAUGUGGCGAGGCACUUCAUCCAGCGGUGGAACUUUACCAAAAUUAUGAAGCCAAAGUACCGCUCUCUGUCUUACCCUUUCCUCCUGCCAAAGUCCCACUCCACUGCUAAUGAGCUCAAAUACCAAGUUCCUGGAAGUGUCAAUGCAAGAGUGCAAGUGUUGCGAUCUGCAGCAGACUGGUCAGCGGGCAUAAAAUACCACGAGGAGUCCAUUCACAAUGCCUACAUCCAGGUCAUCGCCAAGAGCAAACAUUACAUCUAUAUAGAGAACCAGUUUUUCAUCAGCUGUGCGGACAACAGAACGGUCUACAACAAGAUCGGCGAUGCUAUCAUAGAAAGGAUCAUCCGGGCACACAAGGAGGGUAAAAAGUACAGAGUGUAUGUGGUCACCCCUCUGCUUCCUGGCUUUGAGGGCGACAUCACCACAGGUGGAGGGAACGCCAUCCAGGCAGUGAUGCACUUUAACUACAGAACAAUGAUCAGAGGAGAACAUUCCAUCAUCUCCCAAUUAAAAAAGGAGAUGGAUGACCAGUGGAUGAACUACAUCUCCUUUGCUGGUCUGCGGACUCACGCAGAGCUGGAGGGCCGCCUUGUCACAGAGCUCAUCUACGUCCACAGCAAGAUGCUCAUCGCUGACGACAACACAGUCAUCAUUGGUUCUGCAAACAUCAAUGACCGAAGUAUGCUGGGAAAACGUGACAGUGAAGUAGCAGUGAUUGUUGAGGACUGUGAAAAAGUGGCCUCAGUGAUGGAUGGGCAAGAGUAUCAAGCUGGCUCCUACGCACUUGAGCUACGCCUUGAAUGUUUCAGAACAAUCCUGGGUGGACACACGGACUCAAGCAUUGACCUGUCCGACCCGGUCAGCGAUCGUUUCUAUAAGGAGGUGUGGAUGACCACGGCUGGCCGGAAUGCUACCAUUUAUGAGAAGGUUUUCCGUUGCCUUCCCUCUUCCCUGGUGAGAAACAUGUCUGAGCUGGAGCAGUUCCAGUCCAAACCAGGACUGGCCCAGACCGACAAGACCCGGGCUCAGGAGGAACUGCGCAAAAUCCGAGGCUUCCUGGUCCAGUUUCCCCUGGACUUCUUGUCUGAACAUAACUUGAUGCCUUCUGUCGGGACAAAGGAGGCCAUGGUCCCAACCGAGAUCUGGACAUAAGGAGCGAUGACCAAAACUGGACCUGCAACAUCUGGCUUGUGGUUUUAUGUUGCCGCCAGACACAGAGGAAUCUCUGUUUAUACUUCGCAACACUAAAUUACAUAAAGAGACUGCAAAUCAGGUGAACCUUGUGGAUGUACAGAAUGAAGAACAAAUAGACUAUAUUAACAGAAUUGUUUUAAAGUGUGGAAAAUUUUUGGCUUUCAGGAUCAUCUCCAAUUUUUAAGUUGUGAUUUUGAAGUCACAGCAAAUAUUACUAAGGGUCCACUGUGAGGCCAGGAAGACAUGUCAAUGGUAACAUACAUUACGUUCUCUUUGUGAGAUGUUACUUCUCUACCUGCUUUUUUAUUUCAAAGCUGAGCACCUAUAGGCUUUCAGCUGUGCUCCUUUCAAACUGAUUUUUCUAAAGGGCAUCAGGUCUCACCAAAAACGAUCUAAAAAAUCUUCGUCUAGAAUAUGCCUGUCGGUUUUAUUUAAUGAUGGAGAAUGGUUUGCUUGCUAACAAAUCAUGUCAAAAAUGCACAACUGGCAUUGCUGCAUAACAGAUUACAGAGCGGAUCUAAAGAAGAGACUUUUAGGGCCUCAUGAAAACUCCUUGACGACAGCUUUGUUUUUAGAGUUAGAAUUCUUACAACUUCAUAUUUUUGUUUACUCACCAGAUUUCAAGUCGUAGGAUCAAAAUAGGAUCAGAUGGAUGAGACAAUCAGGCUUUACAAUUAAAGGAACUAUUUUUCUUUUUCCCAGCAGGUGGUGCUAGCUUCUAGAAACAGCAACAAUGGAGAGGCUUUCUUGUUUUUUUGUUUGUAAAGUUUUAAGCUGUUUAAAAUAUAUAUUGCUGUUUACUUUACCUGAUCUUAGAAGCAAAAAUAUCAUGUACAUUUCAGAAUUCCUAAUUCCAAACAGUAUGCAUGUAAUAUGAUGAUAACCAGCUUUUCGAGAUGGUACAGUUUGAUUUAUGAUUUCCUUGUUUCAUGGACAUGCAUGCAUGCAUGACAACUGAUUUAUCCCAUUUUGAAAUAUCCAUCACACCAUCUUCCCUUGAAUGUGAAACUAGAGCGCAUCUUCAUGGAGUGAGCUGCAGCUUGUUCUAAAUGUUGGACUUAAGGAAUAAUUUCGACUGAGGGUGCCAGAGAGAGAUUAAAGACUUACGGAGCUGUCAGUUUGAAAAAACAAAAAAAUCUAAAUGAAAGUUUUUAUUUAGCACUCCACACCUUAAACCUGUUUAGUCACACCCAGCUUUACUUGAAAACUGCAGGGUGUUGGACUUUUAAUGGGAACUUUUGAAUAAAGACGUCUUCAGUGGGACCAAAACAUGUUAAUUAACGGGAAACUGCUUGGAAACAGUUUUUUUUGUUAGGUUUAUGUAAUAUUUUUACUUGCUGUAUUGUCCGUGCAUUAUUUAUGAAUUAUGAAGCAUUUAACACUCUUCAUUUUUAAUUAAUAUUUUGGUUAGGAUGUUUAUUUGUACUGUAAUUUAACUUUAGUUGUUUGAUAACUCUUUGUCUCUGCACAAUCUUAAGUUGUUAUUAUUGUUAACUUUUCCUUUUAAACGGUAUAGUGUCGAUGGCUAACAAGAAAGAUGAUGUUUUGGACUCCUCUUCCUUUCAUCCCACAACUAUUAAUCAUUUUAAUGUUGUGAUAUUUGUACCCAACAGAGGCUUUUAUUGUGAUUAUGUUCACAAUAAAAAUAUAAUUUAUACCGCUGA